CGAAAUCAAAUGCUUCCAAAUUGCCCACCUCCUGCGGCGUGAAUUAUAGCAUCCCUCGACAUAGGGUCAAGCUGUAAGUUAGAGUCAGACCCUAUAAGACCCUAUAGCUGACGGCACGAUCAGGAGCCCCGAAAUGAUGUCCGAUCAGCCUCAAACCGCAGCCAAUACGACCGCCUCUCCCCUGGAACAUGCGCUUCGCAGAGACCGGGUCGUGGUCAUCGCCGCCAUCAUCAUAAUCGCGGCCAUCGCCUGGGCCUACACUGUGUAUCUGGCCGAGACUGGCAUGGGCAUGGGCGACAUGCAAACGGGCAUGGGUAUGGCCAUGGCCGAUAUGCGAUCGUGGAGCGGGGCGGACUUUGGCCUGAUGUAUGUGAUGUGGCUGGUGAUGAUGAUCGCCAUGAUGGCGGCCGUCCGCCGGCCCCAUGCUGCUGAUGUUCGCCGCCGUCAACCGCAAGCGGCGGGAGCGGGAGGCGCCCUACGUGCCGACUGGGGUGUUCCUGGCGGGGUACGUCAUCGUCUGGGCUGCCUUCUCCCUCGCGGCUACAACGGGCAACUGGGGCCUGCACCAGGCGUCGCUGCUGUCGUCGAUGAUGGGAGCGUCCACCAGUGGCUACCUGGGCGGGGCGCUGCUGCUGGUAGCCGGGGUGUUCCAGUGGAGUCCCCUGAAGUACGCCUGCCUCACGCAGUGCCGAACGCCCAUGGGGUUCCUGAUGACGUCGUGGCGGGACGGUCCCCGGGGGGCGUUGCGCAUGGGCCUGGAGCACGGAGCCUACUGCCUGGGCUGCUGCUGGGCGCUGAUGCUGCUGCUGUUCGUGCUAGGCAUCAUGAACCUGGUCUGGAUCGCCGCGCUGGCGGCCUUUGUGCUGGCGGAGAAGGUCGCGCCGAAGGGCGAAUGGGUAAGCCGGGCCACCGGCGUGCUGAUGGUGGGAUGGGGCGCCUGGGCGAUCGUCAACGCGGCGAUGUAA